AUGUACCCUCUCGACCUUGAACCCUUCACUGCUGGUAGCCACUGCGCUGUGGCUAUUUGCCUCGGGGAGACUCCUCUUGUUGACCCAGACAACGUCUGCGAUCUAGUCAAGUCUCUCCAGCAGAAGUUCAACGACAUGGCCUUCCUUAUUUGUGACGAGAUCCACAAGUACGAGAUGAUGAUACCACGAAACAUGACUAUUAUGAGAGCUCAACGACUGGCCAUCAAGAAGGGCGAUGACAUGAAUGCGAUUCUCAGCAGCGCAUUUGAGCGCCUUAAGCAAAAUGGUGAGCUAUCAGCCAACUUAACUAUCCUGCGCUGGUCUCAGAUCGAAGAUCAGGACUAUCAGAAGGUUCACGACAUCAUGUACCAAUACCGGAAAAACUUUGAGGAGGAGCUCCGCGUAAGCUCUGGGUUCUACAUCAAGCGUCGCUUGGCUGUCGCUACCUUGACUGAGGAACGGCUUGAGAACUUUACGAAAUACACCCUAGCCGAGCUUCCUGUCCAGCUCAUGGGGUUCAACUACGACAAUCGCCAGUACACCACCAUUUUCCAUCCAGUCUACCCCCGGAAGAAUCCUGACGGAUCAGUGGGUAAUGCCAACUCCUCGUAUGUUUCACCGAUAGACACUGUCGUGCAAACCUACCGCAACAAUCCUGAUGUCGCGCGAGACAUCUCUAGCUCGGUCCCGCAUAUGACUGCUGGCAAGGUGACACGGGUAUUCUUUGAUAGACCUGUUCGACAGGAAGUGCAGGAGAAGCCUUGCGCCAAUGGUCUGGAUACGUCUUUGGUGGAGGCCGCAGUCAUCUCUUGAAGUUGGAGAUAGGUCUGAUAGAUAUUUGGCAAAGCACGGUUACAUGACAGGCUCGAAGCAUAUCCAUCUCAGAUAAUGUAUGGCAAUAUCUUCCAGAGCUUUAGGCAAAUACACA